AUGAAUAGUCCACUUGAGGCUCUCAAUGGGCAUGGCUCGCAAGACAAGAAAAAUGCUGCAGUCGAGGCUCUCAGCAGCACCUUGCCAGCAUCCUGGUACUCGACGAAGAGCAUCUUUGACCUUGAACGCCGAGCCAUCUUCUCCCGGCAUUGGUUAUUAGUGUCGCACGAAUUGCGCUUUGGAGGCAUUGGAAGCUAUGCGAGCUACACGAUUGCCGGUUUCCCCGUCCUCAUCAUCCGUGACAGGGAAGCCACUUUGAAUGCUUAUCUGAAUGUCUGCCGGCAUAGGGCGUUCCCAGUCGUGUUGCAGGAUGAAGGUACAGCAAACAUACUACACUGCAAGUAUCACGGCUGGUCGUACGGAUUGAAAGGCAACCUUGCAAAAGCUCCCAAGUUCGAGUCGCUUUCCUCCUUUGAUAAGGACAAAUACUCGCUCUUUCGAGUGCAUCUCAAGACCGACAAACGUGGCUUUCUGUGGGUCAAUCUCGAUAGUGCCGAGCAACCAGAAGUACGAUGGGAGGACUCCUAUGCCGAGUCCGACACGAAUCCCAGGCUUGAGGAACUACCAGUCAGCAACUACAAGUACGACCACUCGUGGAAAGUGCCUGGAGAGUAUAACUGGAAGGCAUACGUGGACAACUACAACGAGUGCUAUCAUUGCUCCGUUGCGCAUCCGGGCGUCGUGGCAACCACAAACCUCGACACGUACGACGUCAAGACCAUCAGUCGAUUCAUCGAGCACUACUCCGAUGCUCUUGGCACCGACAACGCAGGCACUGUCGCACCUACUUACUACUUUCCCAAUGCGUCUUACAUUAUAACGUCCCAUUACUUCUACUUGAUGCGUGUGGUCCCCAUCAAUGAGCACCAAACAUCGAUGGAGUACGAAGUCUUCAGAAACAAGAAAACCUCUGAUGCUAUCUUCUUGGAGAUCGACAAGUUUUUCAAACAAAUCGAGGCUGAGGACCGCUUCCUCUGCACCAACGCGCAGAAGAACCUGAACUCCGGUGGCUAUGUCAGUGGUCCGCUGCAUCCACACAAUGAGAAGGGAGUGCUGUACUUCAAGUCACUGAUCAAGGAUACGCUCAUAGAGCAUCGUGGUCGGGAGAGGGCCAAGGGUGAGGAUAUCAACGCAGCUUCGAGAAGAACAGACGAUCACAGCACCAAGGAAGAAGAGGCAUUCUGUCAAGAUCUAUGCGCGCCAUCACGGUCCGAGCUCGCUUGGUAA